AUGUCGAUGUAUCAGCAUCGCGGCAUACCGCAGAAUGCUCAACGCCUGAACGAGCUUCUGGAACAAGUCCGCCAGGAGUUUGACGCGCAAGUCAGGAUGAACGAAGGCUAUGAGCAGCAGAUCCAGCAACAGGUGCAAGAGGCGCAACUCGUGCGCGAGAAGGUUUACCAAUUGGAACAGACGCACAUGACCAUCAAGCAGAAGUAUGAGGAGGAAGUCGUUCUUCUCCGCCGGCAGCUCGACGCCGCGCGCUCCGGUGCCCCUCCCCAGCCUGGCAUGCCUGGCCCUCCUCAACACGGUGGCCCCUCCAGCGUCCCGCCCCCUCCCUCUAUCGGUAUCGGCACACAGAAUCUCUUCCAAGGCAUCAUGACGGGUCAAGGUGGUCAAGGAGGUCUGCCCCCACAGCCCGGCCCUCCUCAAGAACAGCAGCCGCCCGGCCCUCAGCACCAAAUGCCUCAGCCGCCCCCGGGACUGGCCCAGGGCCCGCCUCCUCCCCCGCCGCCCCCGUCCCAGCAGCCCCCUUUCCAGCAGCCAUAUCAACAGGGGCCUGGCCCAAACGGCUUCCCCGGGCAGCCUCCCCAGAGCACCGCUUCUCCGGGUCCCGGCAGCAAACGUGGCAUGGGUAGACCCCCGACCGGUCCGGCUACUCCCCAGAUCAACAACCCGAUGCCGUACCCGCCCGGCCCAGGCGCAUCGCCCCAGGUACAGAACCACCCGACCCCGGACCACCGCGGCCUCAUGCCACCCCACCCUGGCGCCAUGGUCAACAACGCUCUCGGAGAUCUGGACCCCGAUCGUCUCCCAAACCACGUCAAGAAAACGCGGGAUGACUGGUUUGUUAUUUUCAACCAGGCUGUCCCUCGCAUGUUGGACGUCGAUCUGGUUCACACCCUCGUUCACGAGAGUGUUGUAUGCUGUGUAAGAUUCAGCCACGACGGCAAGUAUGUGGCUACUGGCUGCAACCGAUCUGCCCAGAUUUAUGACGUGCAGUCGGGCGAGAAGGUGUGCGUUUUGCAGGACGAGAACGUCGACUUGGCCGGCGAUCUCUACAUCCGAAGCGUAUGCUUUAGCCCGGAUGGCAAGUACCUUGCGACAGGCGCCGAAGAUAAACUCAUUCGCGUGUGGGACAUUCAGAACCGAACGAUCCGCAAUACGUUCGCUGGCCACGAGCAGGACAUCUACUCGCUCGACUUUGCCCGCGACGGCCGCACCAUCGCUUCGGGAAGUGGUGACCGAACAGUUCGCCUCUGGGAUAUUGAGAAUGGCACAGCGUUGUUGACUCUCACAAUAGAGGACGGGGUUACCACAGUGGCCAUUUCCCCCGAUACCAAGUACGUUGCGGCCGGUUCUCUCGACAAGAGUGUCCGCGUGUGGGAUAUCCACCAAGGAUACCUCCUCGAGCGUCUCGAGGGUCCCGACGGCCACAAAGACAGCGUCUACAGCGUAGCCUUCUCUCCCAACGGCAAGGAUCUCGUCAGUGGUAGUUUGGACAAGACUAUCAAGAUGUGGGAGUUGUCUGCCCCUAGAGGCAUGCAGAACCCGCCGCCCAAGGGGGGCAGAUGCGUCAAGACGUUUGAAGGACACCGGGACUUUGUUCUCUCCGUCGCUCUCACCCCCGAUUCCAACUGGGUUAUGUCGGGUUCCAAGGAUCGCGGCGUCCAGUUCUGGGAUCCUCGUACCGGACACACCCAGUUGAUGCUUCAAGGACACAAAAACUCGGUCAUCUCGGUCGCCCCCAGCCCCAUGGGCAGCUACUUCGCGACCGGCUCCGGCGACAUGCGAGCACGCAUCUGGUCGUAUAGGCAAGUAUCCUAA